AUGUCCCUGGGGUCGUCACCGGUGCCCAGACGAGCUCCAUUAAGCCGAUUGCUGCCCACCGCCUCUCCGAUUCUCGCCCGCUUCUCGCGCACAUCCGCAACGCUGGCUCCCCCCACUAAACAAGCCACCCCUCCCUCCUCUUCUCUCUCCCCUCCUUCUCUUCCUUCUUCCUCCUCUCUUCCUUCUGCCGUUUUGUCUCCCUCUUCAUCCUCUUCUUCCUUUCCUAGAGUUGAUCGCUCGCUUAAUUCGGCGUCAACUCGUGCUGCUCUUGUUUCUAGACAUUUUUCUACUGCCCCGCCACCCUCAUCCAACAUGUCUUACACCGUUCGCAAGAUUGGCCAGGCCAACACCCUGGAGCACCGUGUCUUCAUCGAGCGCGAUGGCAAGCCCGUCUCUCCCUUCCACGACAUCCCUCUCUACGCCAAUGAGCAGCAGACCAUCCUCAACAUGGUCGUUGAGAUCCCUCGCUGGACCAACGCCAAGCAGGAGAUCUCCAAGGAGGACUUCCUCAACCCCAUCAAGCAGGACACCAAGAAGGGCAAGCUCCGUUACGUCCGUAACUGCUUCCCCCACAAGGGUUACCUCUGGAACUACGGUGCCUUCCCCCAGACCUGGGAAGACCCCAACACCGUCCACCCCGAGACCAAGGCCAAGGGUGACAACGACCCUCUCGACGUUUGCGAGAUCGGUGAGCUCGUCGGCUACCCCGGUCAGGUCAAGCAGGUGAAGGUCCUCGGUGUCAUGGCCUUGCUCGACGAGGAGGAGACCGACUGGAAGAUCAUUGUCGUCGACGUCAACGACCCUCUGGCCGCUAAGCUGCACGACAUCGAGGAUGUCGAGCGCCACCUCCCCGGCCUUCUCCGUGCCACCAACGAGUGGUUCCGUAUCUACAAAAUCCCCGACGGAAAGCCCGAGAACCAGUUCGCUUUCUCCGGCGAGUGCAAGAACAAGAAGUACGCUCUGGACGUUGUCCGCGAGUGCGCCGACGCCUGGGAGAAGCUCAUCUCCGGCAAGGCUCCCCGUGGCGAGAUCAGCCUGGCCAACUCUACCGUUGAGGGCUCCGCUGACCGUGCUGACCCCAGCCAGAUCGCUGCCAUUCCCCAGGGCGAGAACUUGCCUCCUGCCCCUAUCGAUGGCAGCGUUGACAAGUGGUUCUUCAUCUCUGGUGCUGCCGUCUAA